AUGGAUCUAAAUUUGGACCCCAAUUAUAGUGCCCACGAAUCUAGACUUUCAAAUUCAAAUUCUACAAUUGCAAAAGCUAGAUGGAAAUUACUUUCUUCGAUAUUUUUGGAUAAUUCUUCACAUUCUACACCUCAAAUUUCAAAAAGAUCUCAUCGAGGUUUUGAUCUGUUUCUCAAACAGAAACUUCAAUUAUCAUAUAAUGGUUACGAUGACUAUGAUAAAGUUGAAGGGAGAAACAAGGUGUCUUCUAAUUCUCAAGCAAACGAAGAAUGGGGCAAAUCGGUUUGCGAGAUAGGUGGUGGUAUGAGCUCGCUUUCUGGCCUGAUUCAGGGUGAUUUUCAUGUGGAAUUGUCGGAGAGAUACGAUGAGACGGUUUGGAGUAUUCACGAAAGUAAUUUGAAGAUAAAUUACGAGGGAUACGUUCCGGACACUCAUUACCCUUUGAUUGUGAAAGCCUAUUGGAGAUCUAGAAGUUUUCCUGAUGUAAGGCUUGAUUUUGACAUUUAA